CAAUCCAGCUCGUAUACCGCGAAAUGAAAUAACCGCCCAACUGAUAAAGAGGAAUAAAUUCGCGGAGAAAGCAAUGAGUGGGAUGCGAUUUCUUUUUGAUAAUCUUCCUGAAAUAUAUACUGUCGAUACGUUAUCACGCAAAUUUAAGUUGCAUCCGUGCUUGGUUCGACGAAUACUUAACGAAAAGAUUGAUCCGCAGGAAAUUAUUGAUGUUUGGGCAAAGAUGAGAUAUGUCUACGACGGUGCGUUACUGAAAAAGAAACUUUGGCGUCAAUAUUUUGGGGAUCUUCCACAAUCGAUAGCCGAGAAUUAUCCUCCUGAAGAAGAGGAAAAUGUUGGUGAAGAAAAAUCCAAAGUGAAGAACGAAAAAUCCAGAAAGAAUUCUGAUAUUUCCAGCGCCAAAAAUUCUCCGGAUAGAAAAGAGAUGAAUGCAAAG